AUGUUGAGGAAUCAUCGGAAUUCAAAUAUACCAGAAAUAGGUUCAACAAUAUACAAUACCAUACCAACUGGGGGCGAUACAUUUGCUGACGAGUCAUCUGGUAGUAAACAAAAUGAGGCAGAAACACAUCUCAAACGUAAAACAGGUUUAGAGAGAGGUCAAUCAAAAACCUUCAAAGUGCCCGAGUCAACAAACCGUACUCAAUUAUCAGAGAAUGAGAUUCGUUCGGGUUCGAUCUCGGGGAACAAAGUAAAACAAAGAGUGAAAAGAAAAAACAAGGAAGCUACCGUACGCGAAUACGAAAAUGAUGUUGAGGAUAGAAAUUCUUCGUAUCAUGACUUCAUAGCAAGGAAUCCUUGUAAUUAUGAAUCUGAAGGUUAUUGUGAUGAUGCAUUUCGAAAUGCGAGAAAUUAUCAAAUUAGAAAAAACAAAUCACGACUUCCGCUACUAUCGAAAAAAAAGUUAGAUGUGCCUUUAUAUGACGGUACUGAUUCUACACGGGACACUUCAAGGAACAAAGAAACAGCUGAGGAAACUGAAGCCAAUUUUGAAAUGGGGAAUUUUUUGUUAGAUAUUUCGGACAGAAAAAAAACUGAAAUGGAACAGAAUGCCAGACUAACAACUGGUGUAGCAGCUUUGGCAAAUGAUGAAAUAACGCAAUGUUUCUUACAACUUCCGAUCUCGGUGAUCACAGAGCAGCGUAUCCGUGUCACAACGUUAGUGCGUCAAUCAUGGUUCCAUUCAACAAUUUACAUCUAUUCUGCUAAUGAGAUGGGACAUUGUAAUAUUGAAAAACUUGACGGAAUGCUCAUAGGUGCACCAAUAAUGAAUCGUGAAACCAACGAGAUAGAAUGGGAUAAAAGGCCACUAAAUUUGAAAGAAGACAUAUUUGUCAAAAAUAAUAUUAUUAGAAUAAGGCGAUCAAUAUUAUUUUGUGAUUUGAAAGACGGAAAGCAAGUUACAAGGAGUGACCGUCGUACUUAUAAUAAUUUAUGUCCAGCAGAGGUCACCAAUGCUGCGCAGCGCGAAGUUUACGGCAAUGUGGCUUUGAGACCACAAUCAAUGUUAAAUGUCACCUCGAUCCUCGGUGAACAACGAUCUAUCAACGGCAAUAUUCGAUUGAUCGAAAAACUGAUAAUCACUUUGUCUAGUGGCAAGGAACCCCUAGCAAUCCAUCGCCUGCAAAAUCAGGUUGAAGAGCGAAUAAUUAAACCAGAGAAUUGUGAUAUACCAAUGCAAUACGUCGAGGACAUACUGAUUGGACAACGUCGCAUUGAUAUCACCCGUGAAGCAGAUAUUAAACCUCCAAAAGGGUUAAGCGAGUUUAUGACCGCUGGACAACCACAAGUAUUUGAAUUUGGAGAAAGACGAAGAUAUGGGAAUUUCGUUGUGCUAACAUCUCAAUCGCUUGGCCACACUCAGCCUAGUUAUACUAUCCGGCGAUCUCCGCCACGACUUUCAACAGAUGGACAGAUUGGUCAGGUUAAGGAUACAAUGAGUCAAUUUCCAUAUAGGUAUCAGUCGCAGUCAUCAGAAGUGGGGAAUGAACAACUGAAAGGUAAUGUUGUUGACGAUGCACGAAUACCGCCUGAUUUGCGAUCCAAAAAGUCGAGCUUAAUACGCCGUGGCCCACGACGUUCAAGUCGUUGGAGUAGGUUUGCACUUAGUAGGUCUCGGUCUCAUGCAGAUUCUACAGAAUCUGUACGGACAGUACCUGCCACCUUCAGCCCGUUGGAAACGUCAACACCAGUUAAAAAGUGUCCCAUAAAAGCAAAAGAACAGAGCGACCGAAAUAGAGUUUUGAUAGAGAAAUACAUGAGGACGUCAAGAAGUCAAAGUUCAGGCACUGGAACACACAUACGCUCUACUCUCGAUUGUGAUAUCACACGUGAACUUUAUUUCAGUAGUAGCUCAGCUUAG